AUGACCAUAUACGUACCAUCCGACGACCAUCGCCACAAUGAGACGACAGUGUGGCCCUACCCGUGGCACGGAUACGACAUAGGCGGAGUCUCAACCGUCCGCAUCAUCCAACACAACAACACAACGCCUCCGCCACCGUGCGACUUCCACCACCACGUCCCCGCCGUGGUCUUCUCCUCCGGCCACAUCGGGAACACGUACCACGAGAUCUCCGAGAUCAUCAUCCCCCUCUUCCUCACCAUAAAACACUUCCAAUCAUGCGUGAUGUUGGUCAUCGAGGACUACAUCCCCUCAUUCAUCUCCAAAUACAACACCAUCUUAACUCAUCUUUCAGCCUACAAGCCGAUCAACCCGACCACCAACCCCGCCAUCCAUUGCUUCCCGGCGUUGAUAGUCGGGCUUAAAUACCACGGCAUACUAGAAUUAAACUCGUCCGACAUCCCGGGAGGGUACGGAAUGCCUGAAUUCCGCCAUUUCAUCUUCGACACGUUCGGCCUAAAAAAUAGGGACGUGUCGGAGAUUCCGCAACCGAGGAUGCUCCUUUUGUCGCGUAGGUUCUCAAGGAGGAUCCUCAACGAAGAGGAAACGAUCGGCAUGAUUAAAGAUGUAGGGUUUCAAGUGAUUGUGGUUAAAAGAUUUGAUUACCACGAUAUGAAGAAGCUGUCGCACGUGAUAAACAGGUGCAACGUGAUCCUAGGCGUCCACGGGGCGGGCCUCACCUACGGCAUGUUUUUACCGGCCGGCGCGGUUGUAGUCCAAAUAGAGCCGCUGGAUUUGGAGUAUUAUGCGAAAGUGAUAUUUGAGGAGAAUGCGAGAGGGAUGGGGAUGGAGUAUUUGAGGUACAAGAUUGAAGAGGAGGAGAGCUCAUUAGUCAAAGUGUUUGGUCGGAAUAGUUCAGUUAUAACUGAUGCAGGCUCAGUGUAUAGAAACCAUGGGGUCUUGAAUUCGAGGAAUGUGUUUUAUGAUCAGCAGAAUGUGAAGCUCGAUCUUGUUCGGUUUAGGGAGACGAUAGUCAAAGCGUUUAGUAUUGUUACAGUCCCGCCUCCCUAA